UUUUCUCUAAAAUAUCAACUUCAAUGAAUUGAGGCAAUACUAAAACAAGGAAUCCGCCAUAUUUGUACACAUCGCACCGGCUGGAGGAAAAUACGAUUUUGCUUAAUUUUGGCCUUCAAAUCCAUAAAUAUGGUGUCUGUGAUGAACACUAUAGAUACUGGUCAUGAGGAUAUGAUUCAUGAUGCCCAGAUGGACUAUUAUGGUGUCAAACUUGCUACAUGCUCCUCAGAUCGCUCCGUAAAAAUAUUUGAUGUCAGAAAUGGACAGCAGACAUUUGUCACUGCACUAACAGGACAUGAGGGUCCGGUAUGGCAGUUAGCCUGGGCACAUCCUAUGUUCGGGAAUCUCUUAGCUUCAUGUAGCUACGAUAGGAAAGUCAUCAUCUGGAAAGAGACAAAUGGAAAAUGGGACAAACUACACGAGCAUAGCAACCAUGAUUCCUCAGUGAACUCAGUCAGCUGGGCCCCUCAUGAGUUUGGUUUGAUGCUGGCUUGUGGUAGCUCUGAUGGUAGCAUCUCAGUGAUUUCUACAACAGGUGAUGGGGCUUGGGACUACAAGAAGAUACCUGAUGCACACACUAUUGGCUGUAACGCAGUGAGUUGGGCCCCAGCUAUAAAUCCAGGUGCUCUAUUGGACCAAUCAGGAGGUUCUCGGCAAAACGUUGUCAAAAGAUUCGUCUCUGGGGGAUGUGACAAUAUUGUAAAAAUAUGGAGAGAGCAGGAUGAGAGAUGGGUUGAGGAACAGAAAUUGGAGGCCCAUAGUGAUUGGGUACGGGAUGUGGCAUGGGCGCCAUCUAUAGGACUUCCUAAAAGUAUCAUUGCCAGUUGUUCUCAGGAUUGUAGGGUCAUAAUCUGGAGCAAUGAUGGCACAAGUAACAAUUGGACCUCAAAAGUUUUACAUAAAUUCAAUGACGUUGUAUGGCACGUCAGUUGGUCAGUGACUGGAAAUAUCUUAGCUGUAUCAGGGGGAGAUAACAAGGUGAGUUUGUGGAAAGAGACUUUAGAAAACCAAUGGGUGUGUGUCAGUGAUGUGAAUAAAGGUCAAGGACAGUUGACUGAAGGUCAAUCUAGUGAGCAAAUGUCAUAGCAAUAAUGGAUACAGACUUCUUAAAUUGGGCAUUAUGGAUAUGAAUACUUGUGGACAAUGCAUAUGGAUUUAUAUUAAGUCGGCAGUCCAGAUAAAGAAAGUUGAAGAAUUAAGGAUUUGUGAAAUUCGGUUGACUCUUGAUGUUUAAAGAGUAGUAUCUAGAGAGAUGAUUGAAUUCCACAAAUCAUGACCUACCAUACUACCUAGCUUUGAGAAACAAGCCUCAGUAAAAAAGAACCCUGUUGGAAAUGGACUUUCUCAGUACCAUGUCACGUGUCGCACUGUUACGUACAAUGUUAUGACAUGAGAUGAAGCUAUUUUAUUUUUAUUUUAUACUAUUUACCUUUCUCUAGCUCUUGUUUAUACAUCUACAAAUGUGGAUCUCAGUUGGGGUAGCAAUUUAGCAAUUUUCAGAAAAUACAAUAUCUGUUCAUUUUCUCUUGGAACAUGUUCCUGGGAGAGAGAGUCCCCUUGAAAAUAUUUGAAUCCAAAGGGAUUUUCUCCAAAAUUUUUUUGAGUUAAGUAUUGGGAUUUGCUGUCAUAAAAGUCAACUUUGUCGCUGGAACAGGCAACAGCCAAAAAGUCGCACCAGGGCUAUUCUUUUAGUUUAAGGUUUUAUUUGAGAAUCAGGACACAAACCUUUCCAGUCCCACACAUACAUAUUUGUUGUACUCUUUGAAAAAAGCAAUUUUAUCUUUAUGUAGUUCAAUGUAUUAUGAAAUACAAUUCCUGGUGACAUUAUCAUUUAUGUACAAUAUUUGUCUAUCUUAUAAACUGUAUCGAUAAUAUUAUAAAUGUAUUGUAAAUAAACCGAAGAAUUAUUAAAGAAAUGUCUUGGCUUUAAUUCUGU